AGCUUGAUGCAACGCGCGAAAAGUUAAUCCCGUCUGAUCACGUUGUCCUUUGUUCGAUUUGUCGAUCAAAAAAUAUUUCCAAUAAUCUAUUCUGGAUCCACUGGUAUGGCGAGUUUAUUGGACUUGUGCGAGCGUUAUUUCGGCACCCGUAAUUAUUAUAAUAUAUUGAAGAUACCAAAAGACGCGAACGACAAGCAGGUGAAGAAGGCUUAUUACAAUUUGUCAUUGAUCGUGCAUCCGGAUCGAGUCGAGGAUAAUAUCAAGGCCGAAGCGACAGAGAAGUUCAAAGUUCUUGGUGGAAUAUAUUCCAUUCUCAGUAACAAUGAAAAACGCAAAGUUUAUGACCGAUUCAUACGACACGACGAGGAAAUCAGAGUCGUCAUGUGUAAAUUGACCAACUAUUUGCUAUCCUUAGUUAAAAAAAUGUCAACUGUCAACGAUAUUGAUAAUGACGAAAAAUUGAGAUUAUCUUCAGAAGUUUCUUCGUGUCUCUUUCUCUUAAAGAGAGGGGACUAUGCUAAAUCCGGACAAUACAACAAAUCCAGGCAUUAUAAUGAAUCCAGACAAUACAACGAAUCCAGACAAUAUGAGGAAAUCAAAAUCAUCGUGAGCAAAUUGAUUGACUAUUUGCAACCCUCACUUAAACAAAUCUCAACUGUCAAUAGCAAUAAUGAGAAGUUGUCUUUAUUAGUUUCUUUGCAACUUUUUCUUAUGAAAACAAGUCUUAUAUCAGUAAGACAACUUUGAGAGAUCUAGAAAAUAAUGCACAUAUAGAGGUUGCAACGUCUUGCUUUCUCAACUGCGUAUGAAAAUAAGAAUAUUUAAGCUUAGGACACUAUUUAAAGAGAUAAAGAGAGAGAAGAAAAAUACCAAAAUCGAUAUAAAUCUCAUAAAUUACAUAUUAUUCUUUAGUUAAGCUUGAUCAGUGCUGAUAUGAACUUGAUUCGAUUAAAUAGUUUAGUCAUUUUAAAGCCCACAGUUUAUACCUUCGCUUAUUUUUAUGUUAUAUUGGCUUGCAGUGAUUUCUGAUUGAUUUCUUAAAGUCUGAAAUGAUAUAAAGUUUUUUGUUCAACUUUCUUUGAUGAAUUACACAAUUUAAACAGUGGAAUAUAUUUUUUGGGGACAAUAUUUUAUUUUACAUAUUAUUCUAGAUCUCUAAAUCUAUUUCAUUUUUGUUAUCUCUGCAAUGAUAUUUACCACCUAUCAUAGUUUGAAUAUGUCGAUUUUAGGGUCUAAUUUCUCAAACCAUAAUUUUUAUUUGCUUUUAAAGUCAUUUAUUCAUUUGUAACAGUAUCAUUGUAACGUAUCAAAACUGUAAUAUAAUUCAUAUUAUGUUUAAUAAAUAUAUAAUAUGGAUAAAAAGCCAAUGUGAAUAACAAUUAAAUAAU